AUGAGCGCUGCGACCGAAAGUGGUAUCCGGUUGAGCGGACAUACUCUAGACAAGGCGACCAAGGCCAAAGUCACCCUUGAGAAUUACUACAGCAAUCUGAUCGCUCAGCACAUUGAACGGAAACAGAGGUUGGCGAAACUCGAAGAAACUUUGAAGGAUGAAAGUCUAUCGGAGCAACAGAAACAGGAAAAACGCCAGCAACAUGCGCAGAAAGAAUCGGAAUUUCUCAGGCUCAAGAGAUCGAGGCUCGGGGUAGAGGAUUUCGAACCGCUAAAGGUCAUUGGCCGUGGUGCUUUUGGAGAGGUGAGACUGGUUCAAAAGAAAGACACUGGUCAUAUAUACGCCAUGAAAAUCCUACGCAAAGCCGACAUGCUUGAAAAGGAGCAAGUGGCUCACGUCCGUGCAGAAAGGGAUGUCCUCGUCGAAGCUGAUCACCAGUGGGUCGUUAAAAUGUACUAUAGUUUUCAGGAUCCAAUAAACCUUUACCUUAUAAUGGAGUUCCUGCCCGGUGGUGACAUGAUGACGUUACUAAUGAAAAAAGAUACACUCAGCGAGGAGUGUACGCAGUUUUAUAUCGCCGAAACUGCGUUGGCUAUUGAUUCUAUACACAAACUCGGAUUUAUACACAGGGAUAUCAAACCCGACAAUCUACUACUAGACGCCAGGGGCCACAUAAAACUGUCCGAUUUCGGAUUGUGCACCGGCCUGAAAAAAUCGCACCGGACCGAUUUCUACAGAGACCUGAGCCAGGCCAAACCGUCGGAUUUUAGUUUUUUCUGUUCGCCAGCAUCGAGUCCGAUGGACAGCAAACGGCGUGCGGAGAGCUGGAAGAGAAAUCGCCGGGCGCUGGCCUACAGCACCGUCGGCACGCCGGAUUACAUUGCACCCGAAGUAUUCCUCCAGACCGGUUACGGUCCUGCUUGUGAUUGGUGGAGCGUCGGUGUCAUCAUGUACGAAAUGCUAAUCGGGUACCCGCCGUUCUGCAGCGAAAAUCCUCAGGAGACGUACAGGAAGGUUAUGAAUUGGCGGGAGACGCUGAGCUUCCCUGCCGAGGUGCCCAUCAGUGAGGAGGCACGCGACGCCAUCUCCCGGUUUUGUUGCGAAUCAGACCGCCGUCUCGGCUACAGCGGCCGCGGCAUCGACGACCUCAGAUCAACGAUAGCGUUCUUCCGUGGCGUCGACUGGGAGCACAUCAGAGAACGGCCGGCCGCCAUACCUGUCCAGGUCAAGUCCAUCGACGACACGUCCAACUUCGACGACUUCCCGGACGUCAAGCUCGAAAUACCGUCAGCACCGAUAUCGCAAGACGGUGAAGUGAUCUACAAAGACUGGGUGUUCAUCAACUACACGUUUAAGCGGUUUGAGGGGCUCACUCAGCGGGGCAUAGCUACCAAAAAGUGA